UGAUUCGGCGACGCCGCUGUCAAACAUUGCAAUCUGCGACGGUCAUAAGUGUAAAACUUAUUUUUGAAUAUAAUAUUAAACAGUUUUAAGACAUGAAGAAACACCAAACGAGACAAAAAACUCUAAACGACCCUGUUAUCGUAUCACGGGUUAAAAACUAUCUCGCUGAAAAUGUGGAUAAGACAUUUGUCGAUGUAAGUCAAAUGGCGCGUUCUCUAAAAGAGCGCUAUCGCGAAUACAGCAACAGAAGCGACACCGCUUUUUGUCAAAUGGUAGAAAGUGCCUAUAAAGUAGUGUUACAAAGUUACGGGUUAGAUGGUGCGUCUACAUCCGAAGGUUCAGAAGAGGAAUCUGAUUUGGAGUUGUUAGACGAAAACAACAGUGCGUUAAAUGAUCGCUUAUUAGCGAUGUACAAAAUGCAGGACAAGAAACGAGGGCCGGCCACCCGCAGAGCUACUGAUAAGUCCGGCGAGCCUAUCGACAUACUUAGUAGCGAUGAGGAUGGUAGUGCGCCGAAAAUACCGAAAAUCAACGAUCAAAUAACGAUAACACCACACAUACCGUCUAGAAAUGCGAAUAGUACAGCUGUCGAAAAUACAUCGCGCCCACAACAAAAUCUUACAAUUACUACAGAAAAAAAACGAAAAGUUGACUCAAAUAAAAAUGCACCGAAGAAAAAGGCUGAAUUUGGGGCUGUCAAAAAUGUUAAGGUUAGCUUCGAAGAUGUUGGUGGUAUAUCUGAUUUAAUAACACAAAUCUGUGAUCUUGUCCUGCAUAUGAAACAUCCUGAAGUCUAUACCAAAUUAGGAAUUAAGUCACCAAGAGGUGCCUUAUUACACGGUCCUCCGGGAACUGGGAAAACAUUAUUAGCUCAUGCAAUAGCUGGUAAACUUCAGUUACCUCUCAUAGCUGUCACUGGUACUGAAUUAGUGGGCGGAGUGUCAGGGGAGUCGGAGGAAAGAAUAAGAGAGCUUUUUGAAAGAGCUGUAACUGUAGCACCUUGUGUGCUGUUCAUUGAUGAAAUAGAUGCGGUGUGCGGAAACAGAAUCCAUGCACAAAAAGAUAUGGAAAAAAGAAUGGUCGCCCAAUUAUUGGCCAGCUUAGAUAGUUUGAAUGAUAAUGAUUCUUCUGUGUUAAUAUUGGCGGCCACAAACAACCCUGAUGCUUUAGAUCCAGCUUUACGAAGAGCUGGUAGACUAGAACAAGAAAUAACUUUAGGAAUUCCUUCUUUGAAGGCUAGAACUGAGAUAUUAUCAAUACUUUGUAAAAAUUUAGCACUAGCCGAUGAUAUUGAUAUGAACAAGCUUGCUCAAAUCACUCCAGGAUUCGUGGGCGCUGAUUUACAGGCUCUGGUUAAUAAAGCUAGUACAUAUGCUGUGAAAAGAAUAUUUGCUGAUAUUCGUUUACAAAAUAAAUUAGAGAAUUUAAACAAUAUUGAAGAAACCAAAGAAAGCGAGGAAGUAAGCAUUAUUCCUAAUGGUGAUGGAAAUACUGAAGAAACUGCGAAAGAAACAGAGGCUGCAGAAAACACAACAGAGCCAUUACCGCCAACAGAGCCCAGUGAAGUGCCUCUGCAGGAAAAUAAUGAGGAUACCAAUGUUCCAGAAAAAAACCAUGUUGUCAAUGAACCUGAAAUUAAGCCAAUCAAUCCAAUCGAUGAAGUUAUGAGCCUCCUUGAAGAUAACUUGCCUUACACGUCUGAAGAAUUAGUUGGGCUCUCAAUAAGAAAUGACGACUUUUUAAAAGCUCUCAAAACAACAAAACCAUGUGCCGUUAGAGAAGGUAUCGUAACAGUUCCGGACGUUUCAUGGGAUGAUGUUGGUUCUUUGAAUCAAGUCCGAAAAGAUUUGCAGUUGGCUGUAUUAGCUCCUGUAAAGUACCCCGAGCAGUUAAAGAAACUUGGCCUCAACGCACCAAGUGGUGUAUUACUAUGUGGGCCUCCAGGGUGUGGUAAAACAUUGCUAGCGAAAGCCGUUGCAAAUGAGGCUGGUGUCAACUUCAUAUCAGUGAAAGGUCCCGAGCUUUUGAACAUGUAUGUGGGUGAGAGCGAAAGAGCAGUAAGAACCUGUUUUAGACGCGCCCGUAACUCUGCUCCUUGUGUUAUAUUUUUCGACGAAUUCGACGCGUUAUGCCCAAGAAGAAGUUCACAAGACAAUCAUGGAACUGCGAGAGUUGUAAACCAAUUAUUGACUGAAAUGGACGGUAUAGAAAGUCGCGAAGGAGUUUUCGUUUUAGCAGCUUCAAAUCGUCCGGAUAUUAUCGACCCUGCUGUGUUAAGACCGGGCCGUUUAGACAGAAUCAUGUACGUUGGUAUGCCUGCAAACGAAGAUAGGUUUGAUAUUCUUCAAAAGCUGACCAAAUCAGGAACUCAACCUCAACUUGGCCCCGAUGUCAACCUUCAAGUAAUAGCCGAUUUAACUGAGGGUUAUACGGGUGCAGAUUUAUCUGGAUUAGUGAGAGCCGCGGCAACAAAUUCUUUGACAAAUCACAUUACAAAUGGUACACUCGAAGGCGACAUAUUCGUUUCAUUUGAAGACUUCAGUGCUGCACUUUUAAAAUGCAAGCCAUCGGUAUCAUCAAAGGAACAAUUGCAUUAUGAAAAAUUACGACUUAAGUAUGCGGGCGGAGUCGAGGAGAAGGAAAUGGAAAUGGAGACUGAACUCACAAAUGAAGAGUCCAUGGAUACCGUGUGAAAUAUUAUUAGAUUAAAUUUAAGAUGACUGUAGUAAGCUAAUGAUUCCACUAUCAAGUCUCAUAAUUUAAGAGUGUUAUUAAAGCAGUGCCAACUCAAAUACAGUUAAUUUCGAUAUAUCAGAUGUCUUUUACUGCCUUAAGUUCAAAGUAAUUGUUUUAGUCAGAAAAUUAAAUAAAUAAUCUUUUUUUGUAUGCAAUAUUGAAAGUAUUAUAGUAGUAUAUUACUAUUUACAUUAAAUUAGUAUUUGUUAAUAAUAAAAGCAAUAAUUAAAGCAAUGCUAUUUUAAUAUUCUGUGAAUGAAUAAAGUAUUUUUGUGAGGGAUACAAAUAAUUGGUAAUCUCAUGAAGCCAUCUAAUAAUGUCUGCACAUUAAAUCCAGUGAUAAAAUAAAAUAUUUUUAUUAGA